AGUUGAAAUAGUAGCAGAAAGGAAAGACCUCAUUCUCUCCAAGCAAAUUCAAAUUUCCGAAGUCCAACUACCCAAUUCACAGCGACGAUGGAGUCCAAGGGCCGAUCAUCAUGAACUCAGGCUUUUGCUGCAAACGCCAAUCUGUAAGUUUGUAACUGUGAAUGAUGUCAAAACCGGUGUUGCUCGCCUUUCUGCUAGUUGUUCUUAUAAUCACUUCCCAGUUUGAGUGGAAGCAACAACUUGUACCUGACCUUGAUGCAACUCCAAGUAUCUCUCAAUACCCAAGCCAGAGCUCGAAGAGGGAAGAAGUUGUAAAAGAGAAGAUCAUAUUAUUGCAAGAGAAGAACAUUAGGAGACUCAAUGAGGUUGUCAGUAGCCUCCGGGAACAGUUGAAACAAUGUAAAAGCAAGAAUCAAGGCAGCCAGUAUGAGUUUCCUAACUGAACAUGUUACAGAAAUUGAACGAAAUCAAAUAUUUGAGGAAGUAUAUGACUAAUACUUGUAAUAUGUUUGACCUGUAAAACCUUGGUGGCCUUUGCUCUUGGCUAAUUCUCACAGUGAAAUUUCAUCUUGGUUAAGUAUAGAGUAGAAUGUAUAGUACUUAUGGUCAGUUAUCUUUCAAAUGUAAAGCUAUAUCUGAAAGAAGCUUUGCCCCAUUGUACUACUUCCAAUGAUUGAAAGAAAAUGUCAUGUCCGCAGCAAUAUAUGUGCAAAUAAAGCCGUGCAUUGCU